GUUUGGUUGUGUCAUGGACGAUUUCGGGAGAGACAUCGACCAAGCAACGUCCACCGCUCCGCUAUUGAGUUGUGGUCUCGCUCUGGCUGCACUUGCAUGCACAGUGUGGGAUGCUGCUGCGGUUGCCCGGCGACAAGUACCUUAUGGCGGAUUGGAUUGGGAUGGCGUCCUGUUUUGGCUUAUCCCCUGUCUCGUCAUGGGAAUCGCAUCGACCAGUAUUCGCCAGUGGUUCAAGCCUACUCGCUCGAAAGCCACGUGUAUGCUCAUGUUGGCGGCCUUGACGGCCACUUUACUGGUCUUCGCACUGCCUCCCUCAAUGUUGCGAGUUGGACUGAGCUUAUGCUGCUGCCACGAGAGUCUGUGCCCGGACAACAUCGCCAACGUUGCGCCGGUUGCCCUCAAUGCGUGUGAAGCGUCCAUGGAGCACUGUGCGAGCGGCGUGUAUCGUCAGCUGCUUCAACUCAUCAGUGCGUGGUUGGCAUGGUUGUGUGUGAUGCACGCGGCUGCAACUCAACGUCGCAUAUACGACGACCUAGCGCGUGGCGGGCCCCUUGUCGCAUCCGAGACGCACCGCAGCAUGCACUUCGCCCCCCUCGGGUCCAGCCAACCCUUCGCGCGCGAUGUCCUGUGA